AAGAAGAGAAGAAGGGAAAAAAAAAAACAAAAGAAGAAGCGAAAAAUCAUAGACACAGAAGAAAUAAGCAGAGAAGAAACUCUCUCCACCGCCGAUUUUUUUUAAUUGGAGGAAAUGGGAAUCAUGGAAGCAGAUUCCGUCUCGCAGCUAUCGUUGCCGCCGGGUUUUCGUUUUUUCCCGACGGACGAGGAGCUUUUGGUAAACUACCUAUGCCGGAAAGUCGCCGGACAACACUUUUCUCUCCAAAUAAUCGGCGACGUGGAUCUCUACAAGUACGACCCGUGGGUUCUUCCAAGUAAAGCGUUGUUCGGAGAGAAGGAAUGGUAUUUCUUCAGCCCGAGAGAUCGGAAAUAUCCAAACGGUUCACGACCCAACAGAGUCGCUGGUUCUGGGUAUUGGAAGGCGACCGGUACCGAUAAGAUCAUAACGGGCCAAGGUCGGAAAGUUGGGAUUAAAAAAGCGCUCGUUUUCUACAUUGGAAAAGCCCCAAAAGGGGACAAGACGAACUGGAUCAUGCACGAAUACAGGCUUUCAGAGCCAACAAGGAAGAAAGGAAGCCUUCGUUUGGAUGAUUGGGUUCUAUGUCGGAUUUACAAGAAAAGUUGCGGCACGCAAAAGCCGGUGGUAUCUGUAAAAGAACAGAACAGCAACGAGUAUUCAUCGUCUUCGUCGCAUUUGGAUGAUGUGCCAGACUCCUUCCCGGAAAUUGACGAUCGAUUUUUCUCCCUCCCACGUAUAAAUUCGUUGAAAUCGUUACCAGACGAGAAAUUCAUUUUUCAGAAUCCUGGCGCCGGAAAGAUUGACUGGACCACACCAGCAGCUCAAGAGCUCGGGUCAAAUGGUCAAUUUUACAGACCGACUUCGACCGACUUUUGCUUUCCGACUGUGCCCUCGCUCUGCCACGUGGAGUCACCGUCGGACUUGCUGGGCAGCUCUUUAGAAGAAGAGGUAGAAAGCGGUGUCAGAUUCCCACACGUGGAAAAUCCUCUCUUCUAUCAACAGCAGCAGCAGCAACAACAACCGCCUACGUCUUAUUGGGUGGACCAGAUCAUGGCAUCGUACGCUACGCACCCGAUUUCUGGUAGCUUAGGGUAUCAGCAGUGAAGGAAGAGGGGGCUCUCACUGUAAUUAUCCAGCAAUUCUUUGGGCUUUUUUUAUCUGGCCGAUGGAUAUAUUAAAAAUUGGAAACUCUAGCCCCUAUAUAUAUAUAUAUA